ACUCUGAUUAUUAAUGUUGUUAGGAGAGAAUCGAGCGGCAGUUCGUCCGAAGUUACAUCGAAACUUCCAUAAUAAUGUGGAACUGAAGAUGAGUCGACAGCAGGACGAGCAGGGUGUCGUGUUAACCGCUUACACCAGCAACACUGAAGCCGUGCUGGUCGCCGGCUGUAAAGAGCAAACGGAGUUUCUAGGAGCGAGCCGCAAAACCGGUCAGUACAAUGUUCAGAGGUCCAAAGGCCCCGUGGCGGCUCCGGGGUCAGGCUCAGGCUCGGGUAAGGCCCCGUACCAGCGCUGCAGCUCCCAGGACUCUCUGGACGAGCAGGUCAUGGUAGACUACUUCAAAGAGGUAGAGAUCAUCCAGUGCAGUGGAGACGCAGAGACGCAGGAGGACGUGCAGCUGAAGGUGGCUGACGAGGGUGAGCAGGAGGAGGCGUGGCUGAUGGAGGCGGGGCUAGCGACGCUGUUCGACGAAUCUGCUUCAGGCGGAGAGGACAGCAUCGUGCUGCUGUCUACUCUGACCCGAACGCAAGCGGCCGCCGUGGAGAGGCGCGUGGAAACGCUCAAACAGACGCUACGCAAGCGGAACAAACCGUAUAGUGUCCCAGAUGUCCGAGAGAUCUUUAAACCAUCACCUGAUUCACAAAGUAAACAGGAUGAGGCGGAAUCCACAGAAAGAAGUGGGAGUAGUAAACUGGAAGUGGAAGGACUGGGUAACGGGACGGGGCCUGAUGCUCCGGGGGGCGGAGCUGAUGCUGAGACGGACAUUAACCUGGAGGUGUCAUUCUCCGAGCAAGCGCUUAUCUACAAAGAAGGGUUGAAGGUUACCCAGCCCCAGAGCGAAGCCGACGACAGGUUACCUGAUUUCCGAGUGUCUCAGGAUAAGACCGGACAGACAAAAGUGGGCGAUCUCUCUGCUGAGGACAUGAAGAAAGUUCGCAGACUGGUCCUCAUUGAGAUGAGCGCUCUGUUCGACACGUGUGGGAUCGAGGUGAAGGCCCAUAAAGCGCUCAAGGUCAAAGUGAGAGAGUCGGGUUUGUUCGGUGUUCCUCUCUCUACGCUGCUGGAUCAAGACCAACGGAGGAUCCCAGGAACCAAAGUGCCUCUCAUACUGCAGCAUCUGAUCUCCCACAUCGAGGAGCAGGGUUUGGACACAGAGGGUGUUCUCCGGAUACCUGGAGCCGCCACCAGAGUCAAGGCAGUCUGUCACGAACUGGAACACAAGUUUUAUGAAGGCAUGUUUCCAUGGGAGAGUCUCAAACAGCAUGACACCGCGAGUCUGCUGAAGCUGUUCAUCAGGGAGCUGCCGUACCCUCUGCUGACCGUCGAAUACUUCAACGCCUUUAUCUCUGUGCUGAAGCUGCCCACUAAGAAACAGCAGCUCCAGGCGCUCAAUCUGUUGGUGCUCCUGCUGCCUGAACCCAACAGAGACACUCUCAAGGCUCUGAUGGAGUUCUUCCAGAGAGUGAUCGACCGUAAGGACAGGAAUAAGAUGACCCUGAACAACGUUGCAGUGGUGAUGGCUCCCAACAUCUUCAUGUGUAAGGGUUUCCGCAGUAAGAUCAGCGAACAGCAGGAGUUCGCCAUGGCCACCGGCACCGCUAACAUCGUCAGGCUGCUCAUCCGCUACCAGAACUUCCUCUGGACGAUUCCCAAGUUCAUCCUGAACCAGGUGCGCAAGCAUAACAUGGAGAACCAGAGGAAGAUGAACCGAGACAGAGCGGUUAAAAAACUACUAAAGAAGAUGGCCUACGACCGUGAGAGAGCCUCUGACAAACAGGAGAAAAACACUGAGUGUAGAUGUAUGUGUGUUCAGACUGAAGGAGGCUUCAUACGGGUUCAGGCCCCUCAGUUCUCGAUGGUGUCCAUGGCCGUACAGCUGACGGAGGAUCUGAAGGCCUCAGAUGUUCUGACACGCUUCCUCAGUCAAGAGAGGUCUCUGUCAGUGAAAAGAGAAGAUCUGUGUCUCUAUGAGAUGGGAGGAAACAUCAAGGGGAGAUGUCUGGAUGAAGAGACGUACAUCAAAGCUCUCCUGGAGCUCAACCCCAGUGCAGAGUGGGUCAUUAAAUCUGUCCAGCACUGACCCACAACAACACAUGCCAAUCAACCCAUCACGCCACGUGCCUUAAAGACCACGAGUAAAGGGAAGACAGCAGUACUUUAUCACAGUACUGGGAUUCAGAGCCUAACAUGAACAAUCUGAAUAUAUUUCAACUCUUCAGUCGUACGGUCCAUCCCGUCCUCUGCUGCUACUCAAACGGCACCUCUCUCCCAUGACCGAAUCCUAAACCAUAACCUACACUAAUAUGGUUUUCACCAGUACUCGAGUAGCAGUUGUACGUACAUCAUUUGUACGAGAAGCCAAAAUAUAGUCAGGUUUAUCACAUUUCAUUGCUUUUGAAGGACAGAUUGUUUGAUUAGUACAAGAAUCAGACACUCAUUUUUCACGUUUUCUCAAAAUUCUCAUAAAAAAUGUCCAGGUCAUAUUUCAUAUCAGAAGAAAAGAAGAAGAAAUGAUAAACCAUUCAGAUGAUUUGUGUUGUUUUUGUAUUAAUUUCACCACAUUAUCCUCCAAUUUCUCAUUACUGUAUGCUUCUGUAAUGCAUCUUGAAUUUUUUCUUUUUUAAUUCUUAUUAUUCUCGUUAGAUUCUCACCACUGCUGAUGGACUGAAAUACUUCACAAUAUAAAUAAUACAUUGUUUAUAUCGCUGCAUUAAGCAUUAUUUUGCAUUAUGGUAAUGAGGACCAGGGAACAUGCUUAAUUGUCAUGAAAAAUGUCUCAAUGAUUCAUCUUUUGUGUAUAUAUAAUUUAGAAAAUUACAAUAUACAAUUUAUUUCUUUUGAAAUAUGACCUGGACAUGUUCUUUAUAGAUUUUGUGAGAUGCACCUAGCCUCAUCUCAUUCAUAUUUAAUUUUUAUAUAUAUACAUAAUAUAUACAUCAUCUCACAUGAAAAAAUUGUCUCAGAUCAUUGGACUGAGGUACACCUGUAUUUCAUACAUUGCUUCCUCCUUCAUAUUCAUUUCUUCCUUUGAUUACAUGUGAGUGAUCUCUUAGUAUUGUAGCAAGCUCUAAUUCAGUCACAUGACAAUUUCUCCACUCUUACUUUAGCUCUCACUGCCAAUAAAAUGUCUCUGUAUUAGUUGUUCAGCCACUCCCAGGGAUCUUGGAUGUACUUUUUUAUUCCUGUUUUGCAAUACUGGAGAAAAAUUGUCGCUACAAGUCAGAGGAUAUUGUAGGGUUCAUGACCGAAAACAACAGAACUCAGUUCAACACAGACCUCAUAUAAAGUACUUCAAUGGAGGGAAACACUUGGCACUUAAACCGACCUUGUCUGAUGUUAAUUACAGUGAUGCAGAUGUCAUUUAAAUGAGUAGUUUUGAGCUGUGAUUUUUAUUUUUUACUUCUACAUCUAUGUCUGAUGUCAUGCUUUUAUUAUGCUGGAAACUGUGAACAUGGCUGAAAAUGACUGUUGCUGUAUGUUUUAAUGCUUCUAAAAUAACCACUAAAUGUUUUUGUAAAUAAAUGUGUAAUUCCUCAUCUCCA